ACACACAGACAGUAGAAUUUACAAGUACCUGCAAGUCUCUCCUCCGUGCCUGCCUGCGAGUACUAUACUGGUCUGCCUGCCAUCAUCGGACCUCCGUCUUCGUCACUCUCCAUCCCUCGGGGCUGCGAUUCGGAAUUCCCUCCACCCAGCCAACCACCCUCUCCGCAUCGCUGAGCCGUUCAUCGGGCUUCUCGUCGGCCUUCCAUCGUCCAUAUCUACUCCACAGCGCACGCGCACGACCACACCCACGCCCCGUACGCCUCAGCCACCCCUCCGCGUAAUAUUAUUUUUCUCUCCUCCCAGGCCGCAAUUCGAUCCCAUGAUUGCUGCCCCCGCGACUCUCCUCACUCCCUCGACUUCUUGAAACAAGAAGAAUUCACACAGAAAUGUUUGGGUUCUUGACCUCGCGAUGGCAGAGCCCGGGCGGAUCUGAAAAGCUUCGCCCGGAGUGGUUUGACCGCCACUUCUCUCCCAUCCUCCUCUCCAUUGCGAAGAGGGCUUGCACCCACCCGAUACACACCAUCGUCACAAUUGCCUUCCUCGCCAGUUACUCCUACCUCGGCGUCUUGGAUAAGGGUCUCUUGGAGCAGGACGCAGACUCGGUGACGGGAAAGGUGGACUUCAACACCCUGUUGGCCGGCAGCAAGAACCUCUACGUAGGAAAGGAAACGGCCUGGGCAUGGCGGCCGGAGGAGGCACAGACAAAGCUUUCACAGAAGAACGCACAGGAGAUCGCCCUCAUCACGCUCGUUUUCCCUUCGUCCAGCGGCAGCAACAGCGCGCCUUCUCACGAUGCCAUCCCCACUAACGGUUCCGCCCAAUUGCUGCCCAGCUCCUCGAGCUCCUUCUCCACGAUCUCCCACGAUACCUCCCUCGCCUUCUCCGUCGACUAUGCCGAGGCCCCAGAGUUCCUCGCCGCUAUUCAGGAGAUGUCCGCACCCGAGACCGCAUCCGAAAUUCAGGGCUCAGAAGAGGAGGGCACACGCGAGGAGAAGAAGUGGAUUAUGAAGGCUGCUAAGAGCGCGACUCCUUCCUCUGGUGUCCGCAACUGGAUCCGUGAAUCAUGGACUUCAUUCCUUGAUCUGCUCAAGAAUGCCGAUACUGGAGAUAUUAUAAUCAUGGCCCUCGGAUACCUUGCCAUGCACCUGACCUUCGUGUCCCUUUUCCUGGCCAUGCGUCGUCUCGGGUCCAACUUCUGGCUUGCCGCCACGGUCCUUUUCCAGUCCGCAUUCGCUUUCCUGUUCGCACUCCUCGUCACCAUCUACCUCGGUGUACCCAUCACCAUGGUCCUCUUGUCCGAGGGAUUGCCGUUCCUGGUCGUCAUCAUUGGAUUCGAGAAGCCAAUCGUACUCACCAAGGCUGUGCUUUCUGCCUCACUCGAUGCCCGCAGAAGGGCAGAGGGCGGCAGGGCUGAGACGCUCACCAUCCAGAACGCCGUCCAAACCGCCAUCAAGCAGACCGGCUUCGAGAUUGUCCGCGACUACUUCUUCGAGAUCCUCAUUUUGGUUGCCGGUGCCAUGUCUGGCAUCCAGGGUGGCCUCCGCCAGUUCUGCUUCUUGGGUGCCUGGAUCUUGCUCUUCGACGCCAUCAUGCUGCUCACCUUCUUUACCGCCAUCUUGACCAUCAAGCUCGAAAUCAACCGCAUCAAACGUCACGUGGCACUCCGAAGGGCCCUCGAAGACGAUGGUGUCAGCCGAUCGGUAGCAGAGAACGUUGCUUCGAGCAAUGACUGGCCCAACAGUGUCAACGACCACAGCCGUGCAACCACCACCACCAUCUUUGGAAAGAAGGUCACCGUUCCCAAGUUCAAGGUGUUCAUGGUUGCUGGAUUCAUCCUUGUCAACGUGCUCAAUCUUGCCACCCUCCGCUUUGGCCUCACCAAGAACUCCAGGGCCUCUUCUUCCAUUGCCAGCGUGGGGGCCACUCCCCCUCUGGAUCCCUUCAAGGUCGCUAGCAGCGCGUUGGAUGCUAUCCUCGAGCAGGCCAAGACAGCUGGUGUCUCUACUUUGGUCACCGUGUUGAUGCCCAUCAAGUACGAGCUCGCAUUUCCCUCCAUUCAUUACGGCGAGCCUAUCAUUGAAGACAGUCCUUUCGGUGGAAACAUCAGCUCACACUUUGUGGAGGGAGUUCUCAAGAGCCUGGAAGACCCCUUCUUGGGCAAAUGGAUUAUCGGCGCUCUGGUCCUGAGCGUGGUCCUCAACGGCUACCUUUUCAAUGCCGCCCGAUGGACUAUCAAGGAGCCCCAUCGCCCGCUCGACCCCCCUACGGCUGCUGAGGUGCAGGAUGGCGCUCCUCCCACCCCGGCAUCCGGCAUGCCACCAAACAGCAUCCUGUCCCCGCCGAUCACUCCCGCCAUCACUCCUGGCCCGGAACAGCAAGCUGCCCGUGGAGCCGUCCGUCCCCUUACGCAGGUUGCUCACCUCACCCCAAGCCCUCAGAUCGAUAGCCCGACGGACGAGGAACAGAAGCAGCCCAACAGGCCAAUGGAAGUCCUCGAGCAAAUCAUCAAAGACAAGAAGGCACACAAGCUUACCGAUGAGGAGUUGAUCGCUGUCUCCGUUAAGGGCAAGAUUCCCGGCUAUGCGCUUGAGAAAACCCUCGGCAACAAGACUCGCGCUGUCAAGAUCCGACGUGGCCUUGUAUCUCGUACCCAUGCUACCCGUGAGACUUCUAACCUUCUCGAGAGGUCGCUCCUGCCCUACAAGGACUACAACUACGAUCUUGUGCACGGUGCCUGCUGCGAGAACGUCAUCGGUUACCUUCCUCUUCCUCUUGGUGUCGCUGGUCCCAUCCUGGUUGACGGUCAAAACUACUUCCUCCCCAUGGCUACUACCGAGGGUGUCUUGGUCGCCAGUACAUCCCGAGGUGCCAAGGCCAUCAACGCUGGUGGAGGUGCUACUACUGUCAUUACUGCCGACGGUAUGACCCGUGGUCCUUGCGUUGCUUUCGAGUCUCUUGCUCGCGCUGGAGCUGCAAAGAUCUGGCUCGACUCCGAGGAGGGACAGAGGACGAUGAAGGCUGCUUUCAACUCAACCUCUCGUUUCGCCCGUCUCCAGACUAUGAAGACUGCCAUCGCCGGUACCAACCUGUACAUUCGCUUCAAGACCACGACUGGUGACGCUAUGGGCAUGAACAUGAUUUCCAAGGGUGUCGAACACGCACUCAACGUCAUGGCCAACGAGGCUGGUUUCGAAGAUAUGGACAUCAUCUCCGUGUCUGGUAACUACUGCACUGACAAGAAGGCGGCCGCUAUCAACUGGAUUGACGGACGAGGCAAGGGCGUCGUCGCCGAAGCCAUCAUUCCCGGUCACAUCGUCAAGAGCGUGCUCAAGUCGGACGUCGACUCUCUUGUGGAGCUCAACAUCAGUAAGAACUUGGUCGGUUCCGCCAUGGCAGGUUCGCUAGGUGGUUUCAACGCCCACGCUGCCAACAUCGUCGCUGCCAUUUUCCUCGCAACCGGUCAGGAUCCUGCACAGGUUGUCGAGAGCUCCAACUGUAUCGUCAUCAUGAAGAACCUCAAAGGAAACCUUCAGAUCUCCGUCUCCAUGCCUUCGAUCGAAGUCGGCACCAUCGGUGGCGGAACCAUCCUCGAGCCCCAAUCCGCCAUGCUCGACCUCCUCGGCGUCCGUGGCCCUCACCCCACCUCUCCCGGCGACAACUCCCGCCAGCUCGCCCGAAUCAUCGCCGCCGCCGUCCUCGCCGGAGAACUCUCCCUCAACUCCGCCCUCGCCGCAGGUCAUCUCGUCAGGGCGCACAUGGCGCACAACCGAAGCGCAGCACCGAGUCGAGCACCCACGCCCGCGCCGCAGACCCCAGCCGGCGCCCAGACACCCGUCACCGGCGCCGCGGUCGGCAGCAUCAGCCAGGCCAAUGGACCAUUACCGAAGCGAUAAAUCUUUGUUUCGACAUAUUCGAAAUCUUUUAAUGAGUAGGGCGUUAAAGCAUUUUGGACGGACGGGAAAGGGGUUUUUUUUGGGGGGGAUGUAGAUAAUACCAAGAAAAGAGGUGUUUUUGUGUUGCCUUUUUAUCGGGGAUCUGGUGGGAAGCAAUGCUGCUUUUCUUUUUUGUUUGGGGGAGAUAGGGAAGAUACCGUGUGCCAUCUCUACUCGUCGUCAUCGUGGAAGAUGAUUCUGGCGAGAUAUACACAAAGGGAGGUUAGGAGAACGGACGCACGCACGCAGCUAGAGCGAGUGGUCGAUCGUCCCGCGUUCGAGAGGAUUGUACAGCGCGUAGGGUAAGGCAGGGUGGGACGGGAUGUACGUACGUGGGAAAGAAAGCAUAUGGAGCGAGCGAGCAAACAUGCAAUGCAUACAUAGGUACAUAUAUAUACACAGCGAGGGGAAGAAAGGGGAG